ACUCACCUUCUGUGCACGUGCAUUGAUGACAAGAGAGGUCGAUAUCAGUCAUAAACACUAUUGGUUGUCAAUGAGUUUCCGAUUUCUUUCUUCAGUCUGUCCCCUGUUCCGUAAUCAAUAACCCGUCUACAUUUAGUUUGCACGGAAUGUUUGAAUGUAAUGAUGAAAAUGCACCUCAUCCUGGUUUCAAUGCAUUCAAAAAAGCGCGUGCCAAGAGCUUAGGCCAUGAACUUAUCCAUGGUGAUCAGCACACACAGAAACAUCUGAAGAGAUCUUCUGAAAACUACAACUAUGAUGACGGCCCAAGCUGUGAACCAAUGGCUUCUGAGAAAAAGCGUCGAAUUCUGCAGGUGGCUGAAAAUAAAAAAUUUGGAUAUUAUAACGUUAAGAAGACAGUGCUUCGUGAAAAAAUCGGCAUUAAUCAGACAACGUCACUUAAUAAUGGACUAAAAGAUGGCGAACAAAUUCCAAGUAAUGCGUGUCAUAACAAAGCCGCCCGAGCUCGCAGAAAAUGUCGGAAGCAAGGGGAAAAGGAGAAAGACGAAAAACGAUCAACUCUCCCAUUUAUCCCUACGCCACAAAAAGUUGUUCCAAACGAUGAGCCAAUGGAUACCCAUGUACAGAAUCCAACUAUGACUAUACGAAAUCACAUGAAAAGAGUUCCUCCUGGCGUUGAAGAUAUAGAUAACCGUGUCUGUCACCUAUAUUCUUCCGAGUAUGCACAAGAUAUCAUGAAUUAUCUUCAGGCCAAAGACACAUGUUUACCUCGUUCUGAUGAUUAUAUAUCCAGAGGGGAGAUAACUCCUAAAAUGAGGGGGAUAUUAAUUGAUUGGCUCGGCCAAGUACAGACGUUCGAAGGUUUGUCCUCAGAAUCGUUACAUAUGUGUGUUUUUAUGGUGGAUCGAUACCUGACACUAAAUCUAAUUCCACUACCUAAAUUACAACUACUAGGAGUAGCCUGUAUACUUAUAGCUUCUAAGGUUAUAGAAAGAUUCCCACCAGAGAUAACAUCGCUGUGUUCAUUGACAGACGGCGCUUACCGUCCAAAUGAAGUUCUUGAAUCGGAGAGGGAGAUCUUAAACCGACUAAGGUUUGAUUUGAACAUACCUGGACCAAUAGUAUUCCUCGACAGAUAUCUUCAGAUAGAUAAACACGAAGAUAUGGUAGAGAAUGUAUGUCUAUAUAUGAUAGAUCUAUGUUUAACCAACACCAGUUUUGUACCUUACUCGGCCAGUAAAAUUGCUGCUAGUUCCUUAUAUCUGGCCCGUUUCCUCUUUCAUAACGGGCCAAUAUGGGCACCCAGUUUAACCUAUUACACGAAAUACACCGAAGAGAACCUCAAGAUCUGUGUAAAACUAUUUGCUAUGGCCAUAUGUAGAGCAGAGCAUUCCACUUUUCAGAGUGCAAGAACCAAGUUCAACACCAAGACAUUUGGACACAUCAGUAUGAAUCCUACAUUGGCAAGAUGUAGAGCGCUUCUUACUGAUAGUGUAGAUUGAGUGGCCAAUAUUGAGCUGAUUUUCUCAGUAGUAAGCCUAAUAUGAUUUUGUGAUAAGACAAUUCAAGUCCACAUCCCAAACACGUGUUUCAUUUUUUUUUUGUUUACUAUAUUUCCGAUACUGUUCAUUGUCUAUAGGUUCAUUUGUUUUAUAAUGUAUGUAUAUUGUGACAUUACAUAAUUACUGGUGCUUUAGGGGGCACCCUAGUAUCAAUUCCAUCUGUCUUUUGGACAGUAGCCUGUUUUCGCGCUUUUCCGGUAAAAUAAUUUAAGUGGAGUCUAACAUCUGCUUCCAUCCGAGGAUUCUGCGUAAUGAGGAGCUGCUUAUGCUUAAAGGUGGUUAAUCAUUAUUCCCUAUCUGUUGACCUACCCUUUAAAGAUGGACGUUGGAACUCGAUAUUUAAUGUGUAGUAUUGGUGAUAAAAUUAAACCUUUAAUGCAGUAGAAGUGCUAUAAUAUUAUAUGCCAUUACUUAAAAUAGAGAAAAUUGUAGAAAAGAAGGAAAAAAAUAUAGGUCGCUAAAUGGCAAUUACACAUUAUUUUCUAUCUGUUGAUAUGUGCCUUGUAGCUUGAAGUUGGAAACCCGGUAUUCAAUGUGUGAUAUUAGUGAUAUCCCAUAGGUAAAAUUAAACAUGUAAGGCCAAGAAAAUAAUACCCGUGUUUACGGUUACUCGAUUUUUGCAAAUAAUUAUUUUGUCCUAAUGCGGUGAAAGUGCUACAAAAUUAUGCCAGUGCUUAAAAACGAGAAAAUGGUAGAAAAGAAGAAAAAAAUAUAGGAAAGUUUUACACUUCCGGUUAUUGUAUAGUAAUUUUUUGACAUAAAUGUAUAUUUAUUCUAGUAACUUCACGUGCAAGCACUAAAAAGAAAAAAUGAUUAUUUUUGUAUAUAAUUUAUUUAUUAUAAUACUAUUGUAUUUUUUGUUUAAACACAUGCAUGUAUAUUAUUUUCAUAAUA